UGGCAGUGUAGUGGGAGUGAAGCACCUCCUGUGUGCUUUCCCCUCCUCUCCAUCCUUUUACGCCGAACCAGAACCACUCAUCUCUCCCCUCCUUCAUGCUUCACAUCCGGGUCAUCCGCCAGUAUCUGUCUCCUGCUUAUGUUGGUCUGACAGAGUAAUAAUUUUUUUUACCGGCCACCGAGCUGUAGCCUACUGCAGCCCUCCGCACGACUGCGCGGCUCGCCGAGCGGACACUGCGCCUGGCGUGCACCGGUGGUGAUGGAGCUACGGUCGCUGUGAAGCUGCAGCCGGUCGCACAAAAGCAGGGAUGAAACGGUAGGAGGUUUUGUAUGGGCUAGCCCGUGGUGAUUAACUCGCCCUAACCAUGUCUAAAAGCCUGAAGAAGAAGAACCACUGGACCAACAAAGUCCACGAAGCGGUGAUAGCCCGGGGAAAGGAAGGGGAGCUGGGGUUCGAGCUGAAGGGGGGCGCGGAGAACGGCCAAUUUCCCUACUUCGGCGAAGUGAAGCAGGGAAAGGGACUGAUCCAGAGCGGCAAACUGGCCCAGGAUGAGCUGCUACUGGAGGUCAACGACAUGCCAGUGGCUGGGCUCACCACCCGGGACGUGCUGGCUGUGAUUAAACACUGCAAAGACCCGGUUCGCUUCAAAUGUGUCAAGCAAGGGGGUGUGGUUGACAAGGAUUUGCGGCACUAUCUCAACCUGCGCUUCUCCAAGGGCUCAGUGGACCACGACCACCAGCAGAUUAUUAGAGACAACCUCUACCUCCGCACCGUUCCCUGUACCACUAGGCAGCCUAAGGAGGGGGAGGUGCCAGGAGUGGACUACAACUUUGUGAGUGUGGAGCGUUUUAUGGAACUGGAGCAAAGUGGGGCCCUGCUAGAGAGUGGAACCUAUGAAGAUAAUUUCUACGGGACGCCAAAACCUCCCGCUGAGCCAUCCCCUGCAGCUCCUCCUCUGAAUGUGAGUGAGGCCCUGCUGCCUGGAGCCCGGCCCAGCGCCCAGGGCAAGAGGAAAAGGAACCAGUCAGUGAGCAACAUGGAGCAGCGUGCCAGCCUGGAGCCACCUGAGGAGGAGGAAGAGGAGAGUCCAGUUGUCAAUGGCAAUGGGGUGGCCAUCACACCAGAGUCCAGUGAACAUGAGGACAAGAGCACAGAUGCCUCUGGGGAGGUUGCUGUUGAGUUGUCCAGCCAGGCCCCAGCCUCUACUGAGCUUCCUGCCGAAGAAGAGGAAGUCCCAAAAUCUCCCUCUAAAUCCCCCACCAAAAUCCCAGACGCAGAUGAGGAAGAGCUGGGUCCAUUGCCUGACAACUGGGAAAUGGCCUACACUGAGAAGGGGGAGGUCUACUUUAUAGAUCACAACACCAAAACCACAUCAUGGCUGGAUCCUCGGCUUGCAAAAAAAGCGAAGCCACCAGAAGAAUGCAGGGAAGACGGAACUGAAUGUUGUCAGGAGCCUUGUGAGGUUUUCAAAGAGGCAAAUCUGAGGACGUCUCUGUUUACAGAGCUGCCCUAUGGCUGGGAGAAGAUAGACGACCCCAUCUACGGCAGCUACUAUGUAGAUCAUAUCAAUCGAAGGACUCAGUUUGAGAACCCAGUCCUGGAAGCCAAGAGACGCCUGGAGCAGCAGCGACAGAUGCAAAGCCAGGGGCUCUCUGCUCUACCACUGCCCACUAUAUACAGAGAGAAGCCAUUGUUUACAAGGGACCCAACCCAGCUGAAAGGCACCUUCCUGUCCACAGCCCUGCAGAAGAGCAACAUGGGAUUUGGCUUCACUAUCAUAGGAGGCGACGAACCUGAUGAGUUCUUACAAGUGAAAAGUGUAAUACCAGAAGGACCGGCUGCUCAGGAUGGAAAGAUGGACACAGGUGAUGUCAUCGUUUACAUUAACGACAUCUGUGUGCUCGGCACCACACAUGCAGAUGUUGUCAAGCUGUUUCAGUCGGUACCAAUCGGUCAGAGCGUGACCCUUGUGCUCUGUCGAGGUUAUCCCCUGCCUUUUGACCCCGAAGACCCCAGUGGUGCAGCAAACACCUCCCUGACACCCAUUGGACUGGAGCAUCGCCCCCUGGUGGUGAAUGGUCGCAGCAGCUACGACCCGUACCUGGAGUACCUGUCGCUGAGCUCCCAGCUGCCUCCUCAGGCUCUGGCCCAGGCUGGAGCACCUCACCCCGGGGACACACAUCUAGAUGGCUCAUCCUUGCCUCCCACUACACCCGGCUCAGCCUCGGCACUCACGCCUCAUGACGACGGCGUGCCCAUGGCCGCCUCAGGGACUGCUGGGGUUGCUGGAGCAACGGCACAAGGGCCAGAGCUGCUGACAGUUACAAUGGUGAAAGGGGCAGAGGGAUUUGGGUUCACUAUUGCAGACAGUCCCACUGGUCAGCGAGUUAAACAGGUGCUGGAGCCGGGCUCACAGGGAGCGUCGGGGCUGAUAGAGGGAGACCUGAUCCUGGAGGUAACCCACCAGCCAGUGGCUGCAGCCGGACAUGGGCGAGUGGUGGAGAUGCUUAAAGAGUGUCCUGUGGGAGCCGAGGCAACACUCCUCAUACAGAGAGGAGGAACGGGCCACAUCUCUCUCUGGAAGACCUCCAAACAGUUGCCAGACCAGUGGGAUCCGCAUGACAGUUCCCAGCCAAACCUGUCUGGCCCAGUCUUGCAUCCUGGCAUGCCUUUCCCAAACCAGCCACAGCACCGCACUUCAGUGCCCGACUCAACUGAAGGCUUCGACCUUAACAAGCCUGACCCUUAUGACCUUUAUGAGAAGUCGAGGGCAAUCUACGAGAGCCGACGUCCAGAAUACGAAGAGGUUGAAGUGCACCUGCUGAGGGAGAAGACUGGGUUUGGCUUCCGCAUUCUGGGGGGAGACGAGGCCGUGCAGGCUGUGAGUCCGGAUGCCCGUGACAAGAUUGUUAUUGGAGCUAUAAUUGAGAACACUCCUGCUGAGCGUGAUGGGCGGCUUCGUCCCGGGGAUGAGCUAAUUUCUGUGGAUAAAAAUGUGGUUGCUGGGAAACCGCACAAAUACGUAAUAGACUUGAUGCAUGCAGCCGCUCGCAAUGGUCAAGUCAGCUUGACUGUGAGAAGGAGAGUGCAAACGCCUGGUGACCUGUGUCCUGUGAAUGGUCGCAGCCCCGGCUCAGUGUCAACACAACACAGCUCUCCGCGCAGUGACGCAGCCUCGGCUUCGGGCCCUUCGACGGUUGCCGUCUCUGCUGCCGCCUCUCCUCCAGAGGGAUCCGCCCUGCAAACCAGCGACGUCGUUAUUCACCGCAAGGAGAACGAGGGCUUUGGCUUCGUCAUCAUAAGCUCCCUGAACAGACCGGAGAACACGACUGUCAUCACUGUGCCCCAUAAAAUAGGACGUAUCAUCGAGGGCAGUCCAGCAGACCGAUGUGGGAAGCUGAAGGUGGGCGACCGGAUCCUGGCCGUGAAUGGACAGUCCAUCAUCAGUAUGCCGCACGCAGACAUAGUCAAGCUUAUUAAAGAUGCCGGGCUUACAGUCACACUGCACAUCAUUCCCGAGGAGGGUUCCCAUUCUGGGCCCAGCUCAGAGAAGCAGAGCCCCAUGACCCAGAAACACAGCCCACAGACCCAGCCCAGCCCUGUAGCCCAGCCAGGCCAAGCAGGCACCCAGCCUGGCCAAACGGUUUCGCAGCCAAGCCAGACCGCCGCUCACACGAGUCAGUCACCUGUCCCACCCAGCCAGACACCAGCUCAGACAAGCCAAACAGUGACUGGCACCCCUGCAGUAGUAGCUUCCCAGCCUGCACCAGCUGGAACCCAGCAGAGCCCAGUCACCCAGCCCUCUGGCCCCCCUCCACACCUCUACCUCCAUGAUGGCAGGUCAGAGGUAAAAGCCAGGCAGGAUGUCAAACCUGACUUCCGCCAUCCUCCAUUCACUGAUUAUCGGCAACCUCCAGUAGACUACCGUCACCCACCGGUCACUGAUUAUCGACAGCCUCCGACACUGGACUACCGACACCCGCCUGGUCUGCUGGACUUCAGACAGCACUCUGCAGCUGCACAGUUCCCUCUGGGGAUUCCUACUGACUUCAGACCACAGGAUUUCGAUUACUUCACAGUGGAGCUCGAGAAAAGUGCAAAGGGUUUUGGCUUCAGUAUCCGCGGGGGCAGAGAGUACAAGAUGGACCUAUUUGUGUUGCGCCUUGCUGAGGAUGGUCCUGCCAUACGAAAUGGAAGGAUGCGGGUAGGGGAUCAGAUCAUAGAGAUUAACGGGGACAGCACGCGGGACAUGACUCACGCUCGUGCCAUUGAACUCAUCAAGGCGGGAGGCAGGCGGGUCAGACUGCUGCUAAAGAGAGGCACAGGACAGGUGCCAGAAUAUGCCUGUGCCAGCCCCUGGGAUUCCCUUUCUACAGCCCACUCUGCCCUGCAGGAAGUGACCCUUGAACCCCACCUGAAUUCAUUGCUCUCAUCCCAUCCAGUCUCAGCCCCAGACUCUCCUCUUCAGCCCCCUCUAGAGGCCACAGUGUGCAUAGCAGACAAAGCUCCACAGUUGACAGACCACAGCUCCAUUAGAGGGGCUGCACGUGGUAGGUUCAUCCAGCAGAAGAGCAUCAUCAGGGGGCAGGGAACACCCCAGGGGUCUGGAGAGGUGGACUGUGGACCAGGCGACAGACAACCUCGGGCUUUGCCCCCUAAAGCUGUCCUGGGGAGGCCCAUUGAAAGAAGAGAGAGGCAGAGGGAGGUUUGCUCCCCCUGCUGUGAGAGAAAGGGCCUGCACACACAGGCGAUGAGCACUGUCUGGCCCUGGGACCCAUAUGCAAGCGUGAAUUUGAAUGGAGCCUCUCUGGCCAGCGGAGAUGGACAUAUCAGCCUCCAGGAGAGGCUGGUGUCCACAGGUCUGUUCCCCAAAGAAGACCAGAGGGCCAGCAGUCACAGUGGGCUUUGCCGCCCCUCUAAAAGCAUGGAAGACUCUCCUGCAAGGAGUGCAGCUGCCUCCCCUGGGCCCUGGAAUGUUCCUGGGUCUGACAAAAUGCCUGGCACCCUGAGGUCCUGGACCUCCACAUGGGAAGAAUGAGACUACAGAUCUGUCAGAUGGAGGCAGUGACACUGAAACUCCUGGAGGACACAGCCCCGACCCAACUGACAGCCUAGUUAACCCGACAUAGGUUAGACUUCACGUCUACCGAUAUAUCAUAUAGUGUAAAUGUAAAAUAUGUACAUUUGGUUAACUCAAAAACACUGCUGUGUUUUUGAGGCUGUGCUGUAGUUAGAUACAUUGUAAAGAAAAGAAAACACUAGGACAGUGUUUUUGGAUCACUGUUUCCAUGGCCUCCUAUAACUACAUAUCAAAGACUGUGCAAGUCGCCAAACCCGGACCGUUGAGGGAGGCAGUGGUCGUGUGCAUGGAUAUAAACCACCAUGUCAUUAAACAGCAACUCAUGUCUUUUAGAGGUAGGAUAUAGAGAGGAGAUCCUCUGUGGAGCUGAGCACAGAGUUGAUGCUCAUGUGAGAUGAGAAGAAAAGCCUUUUACACAUCAUAUUGAAGUUUUGAGCAACUGAAAACAGUUGGUUUAGUAAGAACUCGAAUACUCUUGAGUUGUGUACACAGCCUGGUCACAAGUCAACCAUGCAGUUAUUGUGCAGAAUUAUGUGUUGUGUUCAUUUAAUGCUCAACAGAAAAAUUUUGUCCAGUCUGUAUUUCCCAUUUCUAUGCCUUUUACUGUGCUCAGUGUACCACAUCACUGUGGGAGAGGGGCAUCGGUGUGGGAAAGAGGAGGCCGAUGGUUACAAGGUGGGGCGGCGUGCCUUACUCAAACUAAUGCAGAGCUGUUGCUGUGGUGAUUUGUUUUGCGAGCCGAGUGAUCAUGCACACAUAUCAGCAAAGCAUUGAACUUGCGGAGCCUGUUUUUCUUCUGACUUAACACCAAGCAGUAUAAACAGUUAUACUGAUGCACUCUGAGGAUGUACAUCUUAGUGUCAAUGACUGCCUGUGUCCAUGUGUUGAAAAGGGGAUCAAAUGUAGCCUGUAGCACUGCAUCCUCUUCUUAGGAGAAUAAUCGUGGAGAGUUGGGCCAUGUACGUGGACCAUGGUUUCUGUAGGUUGAGCGUUAUUUCAGCUUUUUCUGUUGUUUGAAGAAAACAUUAAAUUUGCAUUGUUACAGGCAGCAGUACCAGCACUCGCUGAGACUGAACCCAAGAUUUUAGAUUAUCUGUGAAGCACAAAUGCAUUGAAACAUCUGUUCGAUCACAGAUUUGUCACUGUCAGUGUUGAGGCAUGUUGCUGUUAAACAGAAGCCAUAGCCUAAGUCGCUGUCCUCCUGCAUUUCUCCAUAUUAUCAUUUAUUUCUCUCAGCAAGAUAAUUGCUGAGAGAAAUGGAGAACCAAAUGAGUUUAAAAAAAAAAAAUCACAAUGCAAUAUGACAAUUAGGCUGAAUGCAGACUGAUGGCAGAGCCAAGCUGUACUUGUAAACUGCUUUUAGCGAGACAAUGCGCCUGCAGGCUGGGACACUAGUGAGACCUUGUGUGUAGAGCAUCAUCAGGACUGAACUUGACCCCGUGGCCUCGAUGCUUCUGUGCUGACUUCAAAAGCUGAUUACAACUGUGGAUCAUGUGAUAAACAUGUUAGCAAGGAGCAUGAGAACUUGCCAUUAGGCUGUAGAAAUGCAUUUACUGUAUGUACAAUUGUCAAAGUUCAGACGAGGUGAAACGAUGUGUCACCCAGCCCUCCAUCUCUGUCCAGGCCGUCCCCCUGCCCACUGACUGAUUUUGUACACGGAAACAAAAAAAAAAAAAA